AUGAUGAAGGAUAACAACCUCGUCCGGCACCUGGACGCGUGCGAGACCAUGGGCAACGCCACGGCCAUCUGCUCCGACAAAACCGGAACCCUGACCACCAACAGGAUGACCGUGGUCCAGACGUACCUCUGGGUUGUGGAGCCUGUGGAGGUGGUGGAUAACGGGGACCAGACUCACUCUGUGAGCUACGUCCCCACCAGAGAGGGACCGUACUCCAUCAACGUGCUGUACAACGACCAGGAGAUCCCCCGCAGCCAGCCCGCUGCUCUGGAGGCCGGGGCCGUGCGCCUUCACCUGGGAAACACAGGUGUGUCUGGGCCUUUAGGCACCCAUGUGAUGGAGGGCUCUGGCCGGAUGCUGGUGACGGCCGUGGGGGUGAACUCCCAGACGGGGAUCAUCUUCACGCUGCUGGGAGCCGGGGACAUGGAAGAGGAGACCAAGGAGAAGAAAGGUAAUAAACGGAAUAUACCAGUCAGAACCAGAGAGGAGUGGAACCAGGAAGGUUUGAUGGAUUAG